UUCGACAUUUAGCAGGUGUAAAUAAACACCUUGCAGUGUGAUGAGAACAUUUAUUUUUCAGAACAUCAAGAUUUUCUGGAUCCUAUAACACCCUGUGUUCACCACUCCCUCUGCUUCUACCUCCGUCCCUACCCACAUCCCUCCUCCACUCCUCUUGUGUGUCCUGAAUGUAGUCUAACAAGCUAGACUGCUUGAAGUUCAUUCUGACUGGGAGCUGCUGCAGAUGCCUGUUAACAUGCAUGAAAGUGUGGGUCCUCUGUUUGUGGGUGUUUCCCACAGUGACACUGCCAUACAAUAAUCACCCGGAUAACUUUAGGACCCAGUGAGAGACACCCAGGGGGCGUGGCAAUAUUUUUUAUCUGACCACAAAACCUGUUAGCUUACUCUUGCUUCCUCUGAGACAGUUCACACAUUCCUCCACUAUAGUUCCUUGAUGUCAGAGUGGUAAUAGAGAAGUACUGUGAGCUGAGACAACAGAGGUGACACAGCCCUGCAGAACCUAAAGCUGUGGUGUCUGUGAUCCAUGACCUGUGGACAAGGACCUUUGUGUCUUGACAUGCCUGUGAAAGCUGCCCGAUGACAGGCAGUCUUCAUCCAGCCAUGGAACAGCAAGCCUGGAUACUGAGGAGCUUUGUGGCACAGCUGGAGAGACAAGAGGCUGGGGAGCAGGAGGCACAAUGCAACAUAGCUGGAGAGUUUGCGAGGUUAAAAAGCCAGUCAACCAGGUACCGCACUGACAAGACCUUCCCCACCAAGACAGCAGAGAAGCAGGAGAACAUGAAGAAGAACCGAUACAAAGACAUUGUUCCAUUUGACCACAGCAGAGUAAAGCUCACAUUCACAACUUCCAAAAAUGACACUGACUAUAUUAAUGCUAGUUUUAUUAAGGGAAUGUCUGGUUCCAGAGCCUAUAUUGCCACUCAGGGUCCACUGCCUCAUACAGUUAUAGACUUCUUGAGGAUGAUUUGGGAAUACGACAUGAAGGUUAUAGUCAUGGCCUGUCGAGAGUUUGAGAUGGGGAAGAAAAAAUGUGAGUGCUACUGGCCACAGAAACAAGAGCAGCCAUUUGUUUGUGAGCCGUUCAGUGUUUACUGUGAUUCUGAGGAAAAUAAAGGUGAUUAUCUGACAAGGACGUUACGGAUUACUUAUCGCAACUGCAGCCGAACUUUAAAACAGUUGCACUAUGUCAACUGGCCGGAUCAUGGUGUACCAGACUCCAUCCCUCCAAUUCUAGACAUGCUGCAAGAGAUGCGCUCCUAUCAGGCCCAUGAUGAUGUGCCUAUCUGCAUCCACUGCAGUGCUGGCUGUGGUAGAACAGGAGCCCUGUGUGUGAUAGAUUACACGUGGAACCUCUUGAAGAAACAGAUGAUCCCUCCAGAUUUUAGUAUCUUUGACUUGGUUCAAAACAUGAGAACCCAGAGGCCGUCUGUGGUCCAAACCAAGGAACAAUAUGAGCUGGUCUACAGAACCAUCAAGUUACUCUUCGUGAGAUAUUUGCACUCCAUGGAUACACAGACCAGGGAAAAUGAGGUAACAGUGGUUCCAUCAGCUAUCACGCCUGACACUGAUAGCGAACUGUCCGACUUGAGUGAGGAUUUGGAGUUACAAACAGAAUUCCAGAACCUGCUAGAAGCUGAGAGGGAUUUAAUGUCGUACCAGCCGUCCUUACCGUCUGCCUCGGACAAUUACACUGAUAUAAAAACUGGGGAAAAGCCAAGGGGUGAUCAACAAUGGCACCUAUUCCAGACCUUUCCCGAGGCUGCGUCCAGUUCCCGGGAUCUCCAGGAAAGACCUUGUUACCUCGGUGCCACUGGGCCUUCACCUAGACCCUCAACCAGAUCCCUCGGAGAAGACGAGAAGACACUGGACAUUGAUAACAUACCAUCAUUGCACCGUCCACCAUCACCAGAUGUGGCUGCAGCAAUCUGUCUGAUGGUGGAAGAUCCCUACUUUGACACUCCAAUGAGCUCCCCUAGUUCUGAAGAAGCACCCAUACAGUCUCCCAAAGAUGAGAACCAAUGGCCAGUUAAUCCUGUCUUGAGCACACCUGUCUUGUCUCUGAAUGACCAGACUUGCGAGCUUUCUCCUUCUCCUCCCUCAGGUACUUACAGCGAUGAGGAGGCGCCUCCUCCACUCCCUGAACGAACACCUGAAUCUUAUGUACUGGCUGAAACUGCAGAGUCGAGUGAUAGGCUUGCAGUUGUCAUUCCACCCAAUGCUGCUGCUCAUGCUGUCAGGGAGUUGGGAGGCAGUCCUCCUUCUCCAGUCCCCCCACUUCCAGAGAGAACCCCAGAAUCAUUUGAGUUAGCUGCAGAUCAAGCUCCUGUGGAACAAAAAGUAGAGGUCGCACCAGUGAUGAACUUGAGCAUAAUAGGAAAGUCUUCAGAAUGGUCUGGUACCUCACAUUCAGCUUCUUCUGUAGCUCAGAAUGAGACAAAAUCCUGGGUGCGGAGUAAGAGUCUGAGAGCUAAAAUGACAUUCACAGCUUUACCAGAACCUAAACGUGCAUCAACUAAAGCUUCGAAACAACAUCCUCACAGUCCGGGUGUGGACCCUCCUGCCGCUCUGCUGGUCCCUCAGGACAAGGACACACCUCCUCUUCCUGACAGAACCCCUGAGUCCUUCAUCCUCACCACAGAAAACAGUGAAUCAGCUCAAGGGAAAAACACCCCCUGUCCACAGCCCUUUGAAACACCACAGCCCUCAAAAACGUUUGGCACCUCAUCUGAGUGGGAUGGCACCUCUCAGCCCAAAACAUUCCUUGACGUUGUAAAGAGCAGGAGCAAGAGUGUUCGGAUUAAAGGUUCUGGACAAGGGGCUCAUAGUGUAUCUUCACAUCUCGCUCCGCCUCCUGUGGUCGUGGCUGGAGGAGGAAGUGCUCAAGUGGGACUUCAAGAUGUGAACCACAGGUCCUCCUUAAACAACGAAGUGACAGGAAAUAAAUCAGACAAAAGCAAUGAGAAGAGCAUGUCUAGAACAAAGAGCCUGAAGUUUUUUAGACACAAACACAAAGGUAAAAUUGACCCUCCACCACCUCCCACUCAACCCCAAACACCACCUCCAUCAUAUGGUGCUACAUUUUCAGUGUUCAAACUUGGAUUUGGGUCCCGUUUUGGAAAGCCAAAAGGUCCCAGGAGUUACCCAGAAACAUGGGUUUGAGACGGUCACCGCUCUAAAUGUCUUAACAAUACAAGGACCGGUACAAUACAAUGGACAAGGGAAUUAAUAUUGACUGUUUUCCUCAUUAUAUGCUGGGAAAUUGAUUUCUUUACACCUGAAAAGCACAGAAAGCUGCUACUGUUUCUCAACUAAUAAUCCUCACAUCGGUACAUCAGCAGAGAAUAUUCAGUGCCUUGUGUCCAGCUCUGAUAGGUUUUGUUAUUCAACUAGAGUUAAAUUAUUGAUCUGUGCCUUAUUAAACAAUGUGGAAAACCACUUAGCAGAAUGGCUGUAACAUUUUAUUUAACAUUUAACAUGAAAACUGCAAUGUCAGUAAUGAGUCGAAGAUUUAUGCAGAGAGAAGCUUUACACUUCCUGUGUGAAUACUUCUUGAAAUUUUGUCCAACUCAGUGUAUGAGAAACUAUUGAGGUGUAUUUUUUGUGUAUAUUUUUGCAAGUAUAAUACAGGUGUAGCAUAUACAGUUCAUGGUGUCAGCACAUCACGUUUUUUUGUGUGAAUUACUUCUGUUACUAGGUUACAUCCACCUGUAGUCUAAUAAACUACAAUAGGAUUUUAACAGAUAUUUUAUGAUGCAGCAAAUGUGAUCCCAAUUGCAAAAAAAGAUACGAUGGCACUGUACAGUUAAACUGCAAUACAAACACUGCUACCAGACAAAAAUUAUUUAUUAAAAAAAUAUAAAGACUGUGCAUUCCCACUGUGUUUUUCUUCUACUUUAACAAGACUGUAUCACAUUAGAAUCAGAUUUCUAUUGAUGGUAACCUUAUCACACAUGGAAAACAUUAAUCAUUGGUUCUAUCACAAUGAAACAUGACAAAAGGCAGACGUGACAGUCAUAACUGUCAGUUUAUUUCUACAUUUAGUUAGUAAGUCAAGACCCUAAAACAGCCAUAUUUCUGACAAAUGCAAAUGAUGUUUCCUGAACAGGAUCUAAUUCUCUAUGACAGGCAUAAUUUAAAUGAUACUGUGAUGCAGUACGUGUUUACUUCCUUGUAACAU